AUGUCUUCAAAUAGGAUAGUCACGAUUGGUAUUGGUGGUGCUUCAUGUUCUGGUAAAACGACUUUGGCAAAAUGGCUUCUAAAAAUUUUACCGAAUUGUACUUUAUUUUAUCAAGAUGAUUUCUUUAAGCUCGAAAAAGACCUUCCAAUUGAUCCAACAACCAAAUAUAUAAAUUGGGAUUGUCCUGAAGCAAUAAACUUUCCGUUAUUCCUAUCUACCCUAGAGAAGCUUCAUCAAACCGGCUCUCUGCCAGCAACAUUCGUAUCUAAUGAAGUAAAAAACGUUCAUAAAGACAUUAAGGGGAGUGGAUUAGAUGAGCUGGUUAAACAAUUGUCCUUGCGAGUUAACGAGGCAUUAAACGCAUCAGCAGGUGAUGAUAAAAAUAAUGGAUGGCAUUUCGUAUUGGUAGAUGGAUUUUUACUAUAUUAUGACCCUGAGGUUAUAAAAGAAUUAGAUGUCAGAUUAUUUGUUAAGGCAGAUCGUGAUACUUUAAAGAAACGAAGGGAAGAACGGGCUGGAUAUAUUACAGUUGAGGGAUACGCUAUAGAUCCUCCCGAUUAUUUUGAUAAAAUAGUUUGGCCGAAUUACGUUGAAUUGCACAAAGAUUUAUUAAUUAAAGGCCAGUCAUCCGGUUUAAUAGAUGGUGUGAAAAGUGGAUGUAAGGUUAUUGAAGAUUUUGUAGUUUUAGAUACAAAUUUUGAAGAAAAAUUUGGUGAGAAUCUUGAAGAAGCUGUUGAAACUGUGAUAAGAUUUAUUGAAAGAAGUGCUGGUCCGAGGUCUGAAUCCGAAUCAUCCGAUCGAUGUCCAGAAGCUCGGAUUACACGAAUCUAUUCAGUGUGGCUUCCGAUUAUAGAUUAUGACCUUAUCGUUAUGACUUAUAAAAUUUACUAUUUAAAUUAUGACCACCUUGGUCAUAUAAAGCUGGAUAUGGCACAAAAUGGCAACACUGAAUCUGCUAGUUUGAUGUUCCAAUAG